AUGGCCAGACUAAUUCGAGUUUUACUCACUACUCUUUCGAUUCAGGCAGUCUCUUGUGGAUGGUUCAGUCCUGUUUACAAGGACUUUUUCAGCGUACCGAUGCCAAUAGCAUCUGUAAAGAAGCCAAAGUUCACAUUCACGAAUAACCACACCGGCGGCAUUGUCAAUUACUAUGAGAUAGAUAUCAAACCGGUAGAGAUUCAGAUCUACCCUCCACCAAUGAAGAAGGCCCGCUUUGUUGGCUACGACGGUGAGAUUCCAGGCCCCACGUUCAUCCAGAACAAGGGCGAAGAAGCCGUCAUUCGAUUCAUUAAUCACGGGGACCGAUCAAGCGCUAUUCACCUUCACGGCUCUUACAGCCGCGCUCCAUUCGAUGGUUAUGCAGACGACAUCACAGGCUUCGAUCAAUAUAAAGACUACUACUAUCCCAAUGGACAGAAUGGCCGCACCCUCUGGUAUCAUGAUCAUGCUGUAGAUCAUACUGCCGAAAAUGCUUACUAUGGCCAGGCAGGCUUCUAUAUCCUACGUGACGACUAUGAACGCAACAUGGGUUUACCAGAUGGUAAAUACGAUGUACCCCUGGCCCUCUCUGCGAAAUACUAUAACGGUGACGGUACACUUUGGGACCCCGAGGCCAAUGGAGAGACAACCAGCGUUUAUGGAGACGUGAUUCACGUGAAUGGAGCACCUUGGCCUUACAUGAAGGUCGAGCCCAGGAAAUAUCGUUUCCGCUUGUGCAAUACAGGCAUCAGUCGAACGUUCAAGUUGUACAUGGAGCUUGAGAACAAGUCUGGAACCAAGCUACCUUUCAAAGUCAUUGGCUCUGACUGUGGUCUGCUUGAGAAAACGAUCGACACCAGCGACCUCUUCAUCUCCGUCGCCGAGCGAUGGGAGAUUGUCGUAGACUUCAGCCAAUAUGCGAACAAAAACAUUGUGUUGAGGAAUACCCCAGGAAUCGCUGCGGAUAGUGACUACGAUGGAACUGAUAGAGUUAUGCAGUUCCGUGUAGGUCCCCAGUCCUCUGUUGCUAGUACAGCAGGUAACGGAAACGUUCCGAGUGCUUUGCGAUCGGUGCCCUACCCGCCCAACAAAGCAGGCAUCGACCACUCUCUUGUGUUUCAGCAUGACGGAGGCCUUUGGAAUAUUAAUGGAGUAGUCUGGUCACAAGGGGUUGACGCAAGGGUUCUAGCAAAGCCUAAAAGAGGAUCAAUCGAAGUCUGGGAGCUGAUCAACAAGAGUGGUGGCUGGAGUCACCCAAUCCACAUACAUCUGAUAGACUUCCAGAUUAUCUCCAGGACCGGUGGCUCUCGAGGUGUGCAACCCUAUGAACAGGUUGCUCUGAAGGACGUCGUUUGGCUCGGACCCAACGAACGAGUCCUAGUAAUUGCACGUUACUCUCCGUGGGAUGGUGUGUAUAUGUUUCACUGUCACAAUCUGAUACACGAGGACCAUGAGAUGUUGGCUAUGUUUAACGUAACAGCGCUUUCUGAUUUCAAUUACACUGAAACAACUCACUUCAUCGACCCCAUGGAGCCACGAUACCUCGCAAAGCCCUGCAAACUAGGCGAGUACAAAGAUACAGCAACAUGGGGUAAUGGCGAGUUCUCACUUGAAGGCGUCAAGCAAAAGUUGCAAUGGUUUGUGGACCUCGAUGCUUACAAAGAUAUGGACAAAAUCGAGUUGGCGCUCGAGGAGUACUGGAGUCGAACAAGUCUUGUGCACACCUCGUUCAGUACCUCAGCGAUGGGGUCUACGCCCUCGCCAAUAUCUACACCGCCAUCAGCACCAACGACUUUGGCUACUCUGGCGAGCUCAUCAAGCAAGCUAGUGGCCUCUGCUGCAGCAACAUGUACGAAGAAGGGCAAUGGUAAAUGUUAA